GUAUAUCUCUUGACCUACACGUUUCUUCUUCUCCUUCUUCUCCUUCUUCUUCUUCUUCUUCUUCUUAAUGUAAAGAUGGCGUUGAUACAACUUUCUUUCUUUACUGAUCUUUAACGUUUUUUAGGCAAUGAUGACGGUGAAGAACUGGUCCCAAAAUGCUGGUUCUACUUCAACUUCAAUUGGUAGACCUGCAAUUCAUCCGGCAAUGGUGGAUCUGAAAGGCAAAGCAUACGAGCUUUUGAGACAGAACGCAGACAAAUUCUUGAUGGAAGAUCUGUACAGGAACCCAGGGCCGCUUCAGUACGAUGGUCCUGGCGCAGAUGCUAAAGCAGUGAGUCUCUGCGUUGAAGAUCAAGAUUACAUGGGGCGUAUCAAGAAGCUGCAAGAAUAUCUAGACCAGGUGAGGACGAUAGUGAAGCCAGGAUGUUCUCAAGACGUACUGAAAGCAGCACUGAGCGUGAUGGCUUCAGUGACUGAUGUUCUCACCACCAUUUCUUCAUCUUCAAAUGGUGGUCAACAAACUGCUUAGAACGCAAAAGAAAGAGAGCCAGCCAACUCUUUAUAAAAGCUUCAAUGUUUUUUUUUGCAUAAAAACUCUUUUCAAUAUCCCACAUUUCGUGUUCUUGUUUUUUUUUUUAAUUCUUAAACGAUGUAACGUUUGUUGUGGGUUGAGUUUAGAAAUCGAGAAAAACAAAGUUUUGAAUUUAUGUUAUCAACAGACUUUAUUUGUUUUCUAAAUCUACCUACCAUAUUUAUA